UAUUUUUUCUCAUUCUAACUUAUUGCACCAGUGCAACAGUGCAGCUAGAAAGAACAGAUCAAAACAUUCAAUCUAACCUAUUAAUCCUUUAUUUGCACGUGGUAUAUGAAUGAACGGAUGUAUUUAAAGUUACAAUAUUUCGUAUAAAAGAAAUUGUGGCAAUUAUUAUAUUCUUGUUUCGCGGAACACAAAGAGCAAUACUUUUCUCUCCUGCAUUCCUUUGUUUGUGUGCAAAACAUCGAAUGAGCAUACUUUUACUCAUAUUGGAAUUGAGAUCGGCAAAUUGAACGAUUAUCGAAAUUAUUAAGAUCUAAAAAGUUGCGAUUUGACAUUUGAUGCACGAAGGAGUAUGGGAUAAAAUUGCAUCGUUAACUCAAAAACGUCUUAUAAGAUUUAAUUGGUUUCGAAGCCGGCGGAGAACGCUUAAACAAUGGUAAGACAUAACAAUCAGUUACCAAGUAAUCUUCCACAACUACAGAAUCUUAUCAAACGUGAUCCAGAAUCUUACAAGGAAGAGUUUCUUCAGCAACACUGGCAUUACAAGUCUACUUUAGAAGUUUUUCGUUUGGAGCCUACACAAUUUAACAAAAGUCUUGAUGAACUGGUAACCUUCUUGGCUCAGGUAGCCCAUUGUUAUCCAGAUGAUUUGAAAACAUAUCCUCAAGAGAUUGUUGAUAUAUUACAAACUUAUAACAUCAUAUUAGACAAUGAAAUGCGGAUGACAUUUUGUAAAGCGUUAAUCCAGCUACGCAACAAAUCCCUCUUAGAACCUACUGCACUUCUCAGUUUAUUUUUUGAGCUUUUGAAAUGUCAGGAUAAAGUCUUAAGACAGUUUCUCCAAACACAUAUAGUUACAGAUAUCAAGAAUAUUAACGCAAAGCACAAAAAUGCUAAAGUUAAUACAGUAUUACAAAAUUUUAUGUUUUCUAUGUUGAAAAAUCCGAAUGCCAAAGCCGCGAAAAUGUCUGUGGAUAUUAUGAUAGAUUUGUACAAUAAAAAUGUCUGGAACGAUGUCAAGACUGUCAAUGUUAUAGCAACAGGUUGCUUUUCAAAAAUAAUGAAAGUAGUAGUUGCUAGUUUGAAAUUUUUUUUGGGAACCGAUCUGGAAGAAAAAGAAAGUGACAAUAGUGAUUCAGAUGAUGAGCCAAGUAUGAAGGAAAUUAUGAUGGCUAAUAAAAUAAAUAAAAAAACGAAGAAACGACAGAAACAGUUAAAGAAAGCUAAACAAUCGUUUGUAAAAGCGAAAAAGAAGAAAUCUAAGGCACCACAAUAUAAUUUUUCAGCAUUGCAUUUAAUUCAUGAUCCUCAAGAUUUUGCUGAAAGAUUAUUUAAGCAGAUAGAAAAGAAUAAUGAUAGAUUCGAAGUAAAGCUUUUGACUCUAGAUGUUGUCUCUAGACUUAUUGGCUUGCAUAAUUUAUUUCUCUUAAAUUUUUAUCCAUAUAUACAAAGAUUUCUUCAGCCCCAUCAACGAGAGGUUACCAAACUUUUACAAUUUAUAGCUCAGGCUUCGCAUGAAUUAGUACCACCUGAUGUAUUAGAACCCGUUUUGAAGACAUUGGCAAACAAUUUCGUAACGGAAAGAAAUUCUGCGGAUGUGAUGGCUAUUGGUUUAAAUACCGUGCGUGAAAUAUGUGCACGAUGUCCAUUAGCCAUGAAUGAGGAUCUGCUUGAGGAUUUAACGCGAUACAAGCAGUAUAAGGAACGUUCCGUUAUGAUGGCAGCACAUUCUUUAAUUGGAACGUUCAGACGUAUAAUGCCUGACUUAUUGCGAAAAAAAGACAGAGGCCGUCCUACUGAAGCUAAUAUUAUGAUAAAGCCUUCCAAAUAUGGUGAAAUUCAAGCAAGUGAGUUUGUACCAGGGGCAGAAGUUUUAUAUGAUCAACCUGCUGAAGAGAAUGCUGAAGAAACUAGUGAUAGCGAGGAAGAAGAUGAUGAUGAAUGGGUGGACGUAAGUGACACCAAUGAGGAAGAAGAAAUCAGUGAAAACGAGUCCACAGCUGAGUUAGAUGAAGUAAUGAAAUCUUUCAGUAGAGAAAAUGAGGAUCAUGAGAUUUUAACGUUAUCAUGUAGCGAAAAUAGUAAUGCACAAAACACUUGUAAAGUGAAUAACAAAAGUGGAGAACAAAAAACAGAUAAAGUUUUGCGAAAGAAAAACGCUUUGACAAAGCAAUUAAAGAAGGCGCAAAAAUUAGAGAAAAAAGCAAAACAUAAGUUGGAGAGGGACGAAGAAUUAACAGCUGAAAGGAAAACAAAAGCAUCUGUGAUAUCCAUCGAAAGAUUACUCACGGACAAAGAUUUCAGAAAAAUUGAUGUUGCAUUAGCAAAGCAAGAUGUUACAUACGUUAAGCGCGGUGUUAAGAGGCCACGUGAAAAAAUCGAGACAGAUAAAAAUGAAGAAUUAGUAAAACUGAGUGAUAUAGAAAAUAUAUUCAAGAAACGCAAGCAUGAUAAGGCUGCCCGACAAAAAUCUGUGAAGAAAGGGCAAGAAGAACGAGACAAAUUUGGUUUUAAGGAUCGGCGACAAAAUCCAUUAUGCAGCACAACAAAUCGUGAAAAGAGAAAAGGAAAAGCUUUCUCAAUGUUAAAACAAAAAUUAAAAGCAAAGGUAAAACGAUCUUUUAGAGAGAAACAAAUAGCUCUUAAAAAUCAUUUAAUAAAACAAAGAAGAAUGAAAUAAUUAGUAUAUUUUAGUAAUUAAUUUUGUGUUUUUUAGAUAAUAGAUUUGUUUUAUAAAUAUAUGUAAUGUACAAUAACGAAUUUUAAAAUACAUUCUAUUCUUAAAAACUGAAAAGAAACUGUGUGUAAUUAUUGGCAUUAGUGUUCUUUAUAUUCUAUUUUUGUUUAUUUAUUGUUUU